UAUCUUCUACCUCUACCACUGUCUUUACUAACCUAUAAAAAUGUUGAGAAAUGCAUAAGACCAUAUUAAAUUACACUAAUGUUAAUAUAAAUGGAUUCAAUCUAAAUAUGCCAAUAAAUACUUACUUACAUUUAUUCUGAAAAAAUCUACCGGAAAUACACCAAUAAACGCCGACGAGGAAGAACACAUGCAACUAUGGAAGCUAGCUAGUUUAGCAAACCGGUGCUAGAGUAAAAAUAUAGAUGGAAAAUAAAAAUAGGCGGAUAUGAAUUUCAGUUAGUUGUGCCUUUAUUUAAAAAGGCGUUUAUGUGCUGCUCUGCUGUUUGUUUUAAGGCGUAAGACGUUGUCAAACUUCAGAGCAGAUCCUACCAUGCCGCUCCAGUUUGUGUAUACCGACCAGGACUUAGUCACAGAUGUGUGUCGGAGCAGUAAAAACAGUCCUGGGAUGGCAUCACCGCCAGCAAAGUUUGACACAACCAUCCAAGCCGGCUGGACACACAGGAUGGAGAGGGGACUUUUUCGCUACCAUCUGGGUGAUUUACAAACACGAAUCCUGCCGGGUUCACAUAGCUAUGUGGCCCAGUUGAAUAUUCAAAGAGGAGUAGAGAGGAGAAAGCCUCAGGAGAUACUGAGCAUUCAGCAGGAAUUCAACGCCAAACAGUUUAAUUUUAACAAAAUCAAUCCAGAGGAAAUCAUAUUUGAGAUGAUAAAAGACACAGAGAGAGGCACAGCUUUGCAAUAUGAUGGACAGGUGCAUCAACCCUGUAGGAUGGUUGUGCUGGUUAAUGUCAGUCCUUUGGAGUUUGGCCAUUGUCUCUUUGUCCCAGAUCCUUCACGUUGUUUACCGCAGGUUCUGACAAGGUUCGCCAUCCAGGUCGGUAUUGAGUCUGUGCUCCUGAGUUCUGACCCUGGCUUUCGUAUGGGUUUCAACAGUCUGGGAGCAUUUGCAUCUGUCAACCAUUUACAUCUGCAUGGCUAUUACCUGGACAAGGAACUCAAGAUAGAGUCUAUGCCAGCCAAGCCAUUGGUUCCUGACAGGGGAUUUUAUCGCUUGUUGGACUUUCCUGCAGGGUUUUUGUUUUACACAGAAUCGGCAGAGGUGGAGAAAGUUUCCACGGCCAUCUGUGAAGUGACAGACUUUCUUGUGGGCGGUAAUAUUGCCCACAACUUAUUCCUGACUAGAGGAUGUCCACCCUGUGAUCACACGCAGAGCGAAAGGAAUCUGUAUUGGAGGAAAGGGGUUCGUAUCGCUGUAUGGCCCAGACUAUCCUGUUUCGGCGCCAAAGAGGAGUCUGCCUUCAACGUUGCUCUUUGUGAGCUGGCUGGACAUUUACCAUUUAAGAACAAGAAGGACUAUGACCUCACUACUGAGAAAGAUGUUAUCGAUAUCAUACAGAGGUAUCUUCUGCCUGAUAGGGAGUUUCACAGGCUAGAACAGCAGCUUACUCGUCAUGUAAUGGAUUUAUAAUGUUAUGGAAGCCCUUUUAAAUCUUGUGCUAAAGAUUAAAUCAACUAGGUUGGGUGCUGCAUAUAUUUCACAUUUUCAAUGUUAAAAGUGGCACAGAUCAAGAAAACAAGAAUAUAAGCUUACAUUGGAUACUCUGGGAGCUCUACAGAAUCCCCUGCACCUGGCCCUAAAUAUACUUUACACCGGAUGUUCUCUACUGAAUAAUUAGAUCUAUUAUUGUAUUUAUAAAUGAUGAAAGUGUACUUUCAUCAACUUUUGGGUGUGUUGUAGUGAAACUGAUUUCAAAUAAACUGCCAAAAGCAUUUUAUCUAAAAACACAA